GAAACUCUCAGAAUUCAGAAUGAUGGAGGGGGGGUAAGUUGCGACUGGGCGGAACACCGCGGCGUCUCCUUUCCUCCCGCUCUUCCCAGUUGCUACUAAACAUGGCGUCUCGAAGAAAUCGCCCCGCCUCAGAACAUGACAGUGAUGAUGAUUCAUACGAAGUACUGGAUUUAACAGAAUAUGCAAGGCGUCAUCAUUGGUGGAACCGGGUAUUUGGCAGAAAUUCUGAACCUAUUGUAGAAAAAUAUUCUGUAGCUACUCAGAUUGUAAUGGGUGGUAUAACAGGCUGGUGUGCAGGAUUUUUGUUUCAGAAGGUUGGAAAACUUGCAGCAACUGCAGUAGGUGGUGGCUUUCUUUUGCUACAAAUAGCUAGCCAUAGUGGUUACAUACAAAUUGACUGGAAAAGAGUCGAAAAAGAUGUAAAUAAAGCAAAAAAGCAGCUCAAAAAACGUGCAAACAAAGCAGCACCAGAAAUCAACACAUUAAUUGAAGAGUCAACGGAAUUUCUUAAACAGAACAUUGUGGUGUCUGGUGGGUUUGUCGGAGGCUUCUUGUUGGGCCUUGCAUCUUAAGGACAUGAUUUUCAUCAUCCUGCUGACUUAACCACAGUAAAGACGAAUGACAACAAUGCACAGACCCUUUCUGAGUCUCUUCCUAAAUCUCCUGAGCAAGAAGGAUGGAAUUACCAGACACAUUGGAACAUUUUAUGUCUUAGGCUUUACCUCCUUAAGCUUGCCAAAGCAGGUUUGCUGAAAAUUCUGCUUUGCAUUCAGUAUCAUUCCUGAAGAAAAAAAGGCUAAUUCUCAUAAUAUUUUUAUUUUCUUUUAGACUUCAUAUGAAUAUGUUAUUUUUGUUCUGCAUUUCUCAUUUUAGGGUUUAUAUUUAUUAUGUAAAGUUAUCUCAUAUGUGGUUAAUAUUGUACUUCAAGUGCAGGGCUAGCCAUCUUUCUUUUGAAAUCACUGCAUAAUAAUUUGUACAUGUAAUAUCUUUUUUUUUGCAAAGAUAAAAUAAUAAGCAACUAUGAACCUAUUAAAGAGUAAAAAUAU